CGGACCUGAGACCAUGCCAGUACGUCCCCCAACGAAGUCCUGGUCUUCGACAUUACGAUUACCAAGAUCUUCCUUCCCGCCUCGACCUCAAUUAGCAGAUCAGUCCAAAUACCUAAAACGAUGUUCCGAUGACCUCUACGAGUGGCAGAGCCGUGAGCGCUCUGCCCAGAAGCCGUUUGUGUUGCAUGAUGGGCCACCUUAUGCCAAUGGCAGUUUGCAUAUUGGUCAUGCGCUGAAUAAGAUUUUGAAGGAUAUCGUUUGUAGAGUAAAGGUUCAGCUAGGUCGGAGAGUCGUCUACGUUCCAGGUUGGGAUUGCCAUGGCCUCCCCAUCGAGAUCAAAGCCUUAGAGAAGCAGCGAGAGAAUGCCAAAGAUGGAGACACAGCUCUCGACGCCAUUGGCGUUCGACGAGCAGCUCGAUCACUGGCAACGAAGACAGUAAAGGAACAAAUGAAAGGCUUCCGAGAAUGGGGCGUGAUGGCGGAUUGGGACAAGGCCUGGAAGACCAUGGACAAGUCCUUCGAGAUCAAGCAAUUGGGCGUUUUUCAAGAGAUGGUGAAGCGGGGACUUAUCUUCCGGAGGUACAAACCGGUGUACUGGUCACCGUCUUCAAAAACAGCUCUUGCGGAAGCAGAGUUGGAGUAUAACGAGGAUCAUGUCUCGACGGCAGCAUAUGUCAGGUUUCCCAUGGUGAAGAUCCCGGAAAGUAUCCAGGCUUUACUUCCUGAAGGAAAAGAUUUGGAUGCUGUUAUCUGGACAACUACUCCAUGGACUCUGCCUGCGAAUCGAGCCAUUGCGGUUCAUUCCGAGCUUGAAUACUCGGUCGUCAAGCAUGAGCAAUUCUAUUUACUUAUUGCCAGUUCGCGCCUCGCACAGCUAGAGGAACUGCUGUCCAACACCACGAUCCCCGAGUCUGCUCCAGCUGAAGAUAGAUCUUUCGAAGUAUUGAAGACAGGCAUCCUUGGCGAAGAGCUCAUUGGCUCGGAAUACGUCAAUGUCCUCUGUGGUAAAGAACAGGAGCCGCAACCGGUUCUUCAUGCAGAUUUCGUCUCCGCCGAGUCUGGUUCAGGGCUUGUGCAUCUCGCACCAGGUCAUGGUAUGGACGACUAUGAGCUUUGCACUCGACAUGAGAUCAAAGCUGUUGCUCCCGUCGAUGAUCUAGGACGUUUUACAUCUGCUGCUGUCCCAGACAAUCCUAAUGCUUUCCUGGGCAAGUCGGUAUUGGAGGGAGGUAGCGCUGAAAUUCUGAAAUACAUGGGAGACAAGAUUCUGUUUUCACACAAGUACAAGCACAAGUAUCCUUAUGACUGGAGAACCAAACUACCAGUCAUCAUCAGGGCUACGGAACAGUGGUUCGCGGAUGUUGGGCAUGUUAAGGGUGAUGCAUUACAGAAUUUACGAAAAGUCAAAUUCAUUCCUCAAGCCGGACAAGCAAGAUUAGAGAGCUUUGUAACAGGACGAAGCGAAUGGUGUAUCUCGAGACAACGGGCAUGGGGUGUGCCGAUUCCUGCGCUUUAUGAUGAGGACGGUGUAGCUGUACUCACAGAUGCUAGUGUAGCACAUAUUAUCUCAGUCAUCGAAGAGAGAGGCAUCGAUGCUUGGUGGACAGAUGCGUCAGAUGAUUCUGCUUGGAUUGUCCCUGGACUUGAGGGCAAUUAUAGCCGGGGGAAAGACACCAUGGAUGUGUGGUUUGACAGCGGUACAUCGUGGACUCAGACCGAUCAACAAGCAGAUGUCUAUCUCGAAGGGACCGAUCAGCAUCGAGGAUGGUUCCAGUCAAGUCUGUUGACAUACACAAGUGCGUCUGGUAAGGUGGGCCCACCAUUCAAGACCUUGAUCACUCAUGGCUUCACACUCGACCAAGAAGGGAAGAAGAUGUCCAAGUCUAUCGGCAAUGUUAUUGCUCCAAGGGAAAUUAUUGAUGGAACAUUACUUCCACCUGCCAAGCUCAAGAAGAAGGGGACCGGGCCCGUCUCGCAGUCUCUUGGCCCAGACGCCCUCCGCUUGUGGGUUGCCAGCAGUGACUAUACUCGCGAUGUGGUUAUCGGUCAACCUGUCCUACAAUUCAACCACAAUGCCCUACUGAAAUAUCGAAUGACUAUCAAAAUGCUUUUAGGAUCAAUGCACCCCUCAGCAAGGACUGCGCCUAUCACGAAGCUCGAUCAGAUCGCUUUAGUUCAGCUCGAUGCUGUGAUGAAGGAGGUCGCAACUGCUUACGAUAAUUUCGAGUUCUACAAGGGCGUGAACGCCAUCAACAAAUGGAUCAGCACUAACCUCUCUGCAUUCUACCUAGAAGCAAUGAAAGAUAGACUUUACUGUGGAGAUGGUGGAGGAGUCUUGGAACAAAUAUUCCACGGCCUUCUUCGUAUGUUGACACCGAUCACUCCAAAUUUAGUCGAGGAAGCUUGGGAUCAUCGACCGGAGUGGAUGAAAGAAGAAGUUCAAAUUCACCCCUUCCACCGCACUCUGGAUGAACCUAUUAUUACUUCUGAAUGCAUAUCAAAAUCGGAGACACUGAUCUUGGAUCUCUCUUGGCUACUAAAUGCAAAUGCAGCCAUCAAGGCAUCUCAGGAGGAAGCAAGGGCGAAUAAGAAAAUCGGUUCCUCGCUAGAAUGUUCAGUGGUAUUGGAGUUUCCAGUGGAAGAGAAGGAUGUGAAAACCCCGCAGCAAAUUUUCGAGCGUUAUGCGGAUGAGCUUGAAAGUAUCUUCGUCGUAUCUUCUGUUGAAAUAAAUGGUCCUGUCGACGGACCAUGGAAGUACUCCACUACCUUCGACGUUCCAGGAGGGAAGGCUACAGCUUGGGUGCUGCCACCCAAGGAGAAAAAAUGUCCGAGAUGCUGGAGAUACGUCGCUCCAAUCGAAGACGAACUAUGCGAACGAUGCGAGGAACUAGUAAGUGUGCCAUAGUGUAUGUAACAUUAGGGCGUGGGUCAGGAAGGUCGAAUACCCAAUCUCAACUUGUUCUCGUUCAUAUCCUCUCACCGUGUACGAACACUCUCAGCCUUACGAUUUGCUUCCUCGCUCAAUGCAUUGACUCACCGAAUGAGAAUAAGUCAAUAUUCCAGGGUGGAAUUUACCCUCCCCUGAACCCCAGCU